UUUCUUAGUCCAUACGCAGGUAGGCUUCCAGAAACUCAUGGGUUUAAAAAAGCUCCCUCCAUUCCCCUUUAAAUUUUAACAUAUUCCAUUGGAGGUGGGGUUCUCUUGUUGGCGAAAAUUUGCAAAUUACAUUCGUUUAGACAGGCCUCCAAGCUGGAAGCUUGCGCUUUGCAACAAAAGAAAGGACAUUGACUUUGCAACUUCCAACCAAGUCAGCUGCCACGUUGUGCCAGUGAAACGGACCGGAGGAAGACGCAAUCCAGCAAAGCUAACGGAGCUUUGGAUUUAAAUACAUUUUUAUUAACAGUAUAGGUAGUCUCUUAUCAAUAUUUUACUAUGGUGUUAUUACAACGAUGUAUACUGAGAAACGUUGUCCUGCAAGGCCAGCGGAGUAUUUGUGCAUCGCAACCGCGAAAAGAAAGUUCGAACCCGGCGUGGGCUUCUGCGAAAACAAGACGCCCCGAUCCGACUAACAAUUGUGGUUUGGGGCGCUUUUACGCCACCACCUCAGCGAUACCCGGGGUUCGAGAGCGCACGCUGAUCGCCGUGAAGCCAGAUGGGGUACAGCGCCGCCUGGUGGGCCAGAUCGUGCAGCGCUUUGAGCAGAGGGGCUUCAAACUGGUGGGACUGAAGAUGGUGAAGGCACCGGAGGAGCUGUUGUCCCAGCACUACCACGACCUCAGGAAGAAGCCCUUCUACCCCAACCUGUUGCGCUACAUGCACUCUGGACCAGUGGUUGCCAUGGUGUGGGAGGGUCACAAUGUGGUCAGGACGUCUCGUCUGAUGGUGGGGGACACCAACCCGGCUGAGGCCCACCCUGGCACGGUUCGGGGGGACUUCAGCAUUCACAUUAGCAGGAACGUGAUCCACGCCAGCGACUCGGUGGAAGGGGCGCAGAGGGAGAUCCAGCUGUGGUUCAACUGCACAGAGCUUCUGGACUGGGUCUGCUGCGACCAUAGCAACACUUACCAAUUGUGAGGUCACGGGGGGGGGCGGAGGAGGAGACUAGGGCCGCCUCGCGGGUGCACCACGGUGACAUCACAGCUACCUCGUCUCACACCCCAGGGGCAUCCCAGAGUGCCACUGCUCUCCUCCCCAAUGUCAAUGCAGCGAGGACACAAUGGCGCAAGCUGACCUGGUGCCUUUGCUGUUCCAGCGGACUGACUAGUGAUAUAUUGAACAACUGCUCCCCACAGGCUAGUGUCUCGCACAGAGUGGACGCAUUGAUAAAACUUCUAUCAGCAAUAUUUUGUGAAUGUGUCAUCACAAGGGCGAUUCUCAAGUGCCAAACUCACUUUGAUCUGAACUAUGUUAAUAUUACGUCAGGCGUUGGUUAUGGUGGUAAAUGUUUAUCUUGAGCACGCUGGCUAGCCUAGUUUGUUGACUGUUUCAUCGUUCUUCAUAUUAAAAAAAUAUUAAAAUAAAAAAUAAAAAGAUUUAAAGGCAAAAUUACAAAUGACAACCGGCUAUCUGAUGAGCAUUGCAGUGAGGUACAUAGUGGUUUAAAAGUCUGGUAAGCUAAAGUGUGAUUUUGCUAUUUGGUGCAUUGCAGGGUAGUGUUUGGGACCGAAGGAACAGCGAUGCCUUAAAGACUGUAAAAACUGGAAAGUGCCUUGCUGUACAGGAGGUAUGGUUAGAUGGCAUUAAGGAAGGCAGCUUCAUCAAGACUGGUCUUGAAUGAACCGUAGCAUUUUAUAGGAGACACUGUGGAUGUUCACAUCAGUCUUGUCCUGAUUGAGCUGGUCAUACUGUAUAAUAUGACGGUAGCCUAAACAGUGUUUUUAUCAAUAAAUCUGUGCCUGCCAAAACGG